GUCCUGCACAAACAGAUCUCACUCUCUCCCUCCCACUUGGCAGUGGUUCUUCCCGACAGCACUCAGCAUCUCUCCAGCAGCGGAUUGAAGGACUUGUGCGAUCAUCUCGACGCGCAACAGAAGGCUCUCUCUCACAAUACCGGGACAUACAGCGCACAGGACAACUUUCACUGGCAUUAUUACGCAUGGCUCUGGCUUUGCGCAGAGGCGCGACUGUAACACCGUCUUGGAAGAAACUGAUGGGAUUUUAAGAAAAUAAGACACAGCAACAACAAGCUAUAUUUUUCAAGAGAUUAUUCUCCUUGUGCCAAUAAUGAACUCCACAUGCAUAACAGGAUAUCCUCUUCUGGUCGUGUAAUUGUACAGCUGUACGUGUAGGUCCGACGCGUUAUCUGAAAUUCUUAUUUCACAUAGAGAUGGAUCUGUGGGGAGUUUAUCUGUUUCAUCUCAUAACUUUGGCUUCUGCCCAGGCAGCACAAAUUGACACACAUAGCAGGAAGGGCUGGGAACUCUGCCUUGAAUUUGCAACUGACCAUCUGGCCUUCCAGGAUACUGGCAUGUAGCUGACAUGCUGAAUAGAGGAUGAGAACUUGGAUAACUCCUGAUCUCUGUUAGAGGUUAUACUGGCCGGCAGAGACUGCUUGGUGGCUGGUGACUCAUGCUCGAGUGAUGAGACUUGCAGUCCACGUCUGCGGACUUUGCGUCAGUGUGUGGCGGGCAAUGGCAGCGUGAAGCUGGGCCCCGGUGCCAGGAGCCAGUGUGCCAACGCAGUGUCUGCCCUACUGUCCAGCCCCUUACAUGGCUGCCAGUGUAAACGGGGCAUGAAGAAGGAGAAAAACUGCCUGAGCAUCUACUGGAGCCUUCAUCAGUCCAUCAUACAUGGACUCAACCUGGUGGAGAGUUAUCCCUAUGAGACAGUGCAUAGGGAUUACGACUAUGUCCGCUUGGCCUCUAUUACAGCUGACUCUGAUGUUGGCAUGACAACUGUGAAUCGCUGCCUGGAUGCAGCCAAGGCUUGCAAUGUGGACGAUUUGUGCCAGAAGCUCCGCACAGAAUAUGUCUCAGCUUGUAUCAAACCCACUGCCAAGUCGGGUCUGUGCAACCGGCCCAAAUGCAAUAAGGCUCUGCGCAGGUUCUUUGACCGUGUCCCUGCCGACUACACACACGAACUGCUCUUUUGCCCCUGUACGGACACAGCGUGUGCAGAGCGUCGAAGGCAGACUAUUGUACCCAGUUGCUCUUAUGAAAGUGUGGAAAAACCCAACUGCAUUACACAGAUGAGGAUCUGCAGUGCUGACUAUGUGUGCAGGUCUCGCCUGGCACAAUUUCAGUACGACUGCGAACCCUCCGAAACAUCUGCCAAUGGCUGCAAGCAAGGGAAUUAUGGAGCCUGUCUCCUCGCCUACACAGGGCUCAUAGGAAGUACAAUAACUCCCAACUAUGUCGACAACUCCACGUCUAGCGUGGCUCCAUGGUGCUCCUGCUCAGCCAGUGGGAGCCGGAGAGAAGAAUGUGAUAACUUCCUGGAAUACUUCACCGACAACAUCUGUCUCCGGAAUGCUCUCAUGACGUUUGGAAGUGAAUCAGACCAGCAGCCAACUCUCAGCCAGUCCAGUACACCCAGCCCUGGCCACAGCAACAGAGAAAACAGGAACACUGCUUCUCCACCAGAAACCAUAGAAACUAUGAGGAAUAUUCUGUAUACAAUAAUACCAACACAGGCCCUGGGAAAUGAACUACUAGUGGGCCAGUCCACCCUGCCAUCCAACAGCCUCCCAAACUCUGCUUCACCUCACAGCCUAAUGCUUCAACCUGCCUUUGGCCUUCUGUUGUUGCUCCUUCAUUUGCUCAACAAUGGACACUAAAGACUGCAGGGGUGCGUGCAGUGGACCUUCCUAAUACCAAGCAGAUGGGAGGACCAGUGCAAUUCAGAGGAAAAUGGACCGUGUGGUAUUACUCCUCCUUCAAAAUAUGUACAGCGAUUCUGUUUUUCUAUUUUUGUGUCUACGUGGUCCAGUUCCACCUGCCAGUGUUCUCUCGCAGAGUGUGGGAGACUUGAAGCCAGUCUGUACAUUUGUACAUUGUCGUUGCGAUCAAAUCAAGUCAAAAUGAAGUCAGAGUACCGCUUUUGUGGACUAACCCAGCUCUCAGCUAUCCAACUGUAUCCAUUUUCAAGAGUUAUUAUGAAAAUAUAAUUCAGAUAUGUAUGAUACAAAGACACGAAUAAUGUCAGUACCUGUUAAGAUUUAUAUUAUCAACAGAAGCUCUUAUUUGAAAUAUUGUUUGGGAAAAUGGUUGGCGUAAACCAGUGAACUUUGUGUCUGCUCUGUAGUCAGUGAUUGGAAAGCUGCUGGAGUAUAUGGGGCUUUAAUACCACUCUCCUCCAGUGACUGAAAGAGGACCAUUAUUUGUGAUCAAUACUGGAAUAGUGGAGAGACAGGGAGCAAAUAGAGCUACAUUUUGCUCAGACAUGCUUUGACAAAUGCCCUGAUUCUUAAAUGUCCAUCGGCACAAUCUAGAAGAGAUGUGGCAAACCAGAGUACAUAAGAUAAACCUUGACAUAAUAAUCGUCCUCUCCAUCAAGACUAUUGCCCUUCGUCAAACUCUCUCACACCACUGUAUCUGUUACUGCUAAAGCUACAGUAGCUGGUUAUAGAAAAGUCCUUGGUCUUUGUCAGCACAGCCAAGUUGUUGUACUUGAAAGGAAAUAAUCAGAAAAGCAGUAACUCUCUGUACCUGAUGUAUUGUGUGUUUGUGAGCGUAAUACCCUUUUAUUUCUCAUUGUGUCCGUGAACAUUGCAAUUAGGGGCUCUGAGUUUUUGUGCCAGAGAGGGAAGUGAAUGGUUUGACUUCUUGAGUAUCGCCAAAACCAGUACAGAGCCUGUUUGAGAUUGAACAGUUAUGAAUGAUUCAGUAUUUUCUGUUCUGGGAAUGUGCCAGUGAAUUCUCAACAGGACCAGAGGUGCUGCAAAUAAAAGUUCUCAGAUCA